UUGUUUUUAUUAAUUCUCUAUUAAUUAAUUAGAUUAACUUCAAAUGUUUAACACCUCGAUUGUCUUUUAGUGUAAGUACAUAAUGUUUGCACGAUUUCUUCCUAACAACUUCAAAGAACUGACUAGGCAGAUUGUUUUUGUGCCAAAACAUAAGCCACCAGAGCCAAAAGAUGUCGAAAUACUGCGAGAAUUUAUCAGCAGGCACAAAAAAAUAUUAAUUCUUACUGGAGCGGGUAUUUCUACAGAAUCUGGAAUACCUGAUUAUAGAUCGGAAGAGGUAGGAUUAUACGCUCGCAGUAACCAUAAGCCAGUUCAAUACCAGGAAUUUGUGAAGUAUCCGAAAGUGAGGCAGAGAUACUGGGCUAGAAACUUUGUUGGUUGGCCCCGGUUUAGUGGUGUACAACCAAACGCUUCACACUUAUCCAUCAAUAAUUUAGAAAAGGCAGGAAAAGUGACAGCAAUUGUGACUCAGAAUGUUGACCGUCUGCAUCAGAAAGCUGGUUCAAAAUAUGUCAUCGAGCUUCAUGGGUCUGGGUACAUAGUGAAAUGUUUGAGCUGCCCAUAUGCGAUCGAUAGGAAUGACCUGCAGGAGGUGUUAAUGAAAAACAAUCCAGCCAUGGAAAGCAGUUUCACGAUGAUCAGGCCUGAUGGUGAUGUUGAGUUAUCUAAAGAACAGGUAGAUCAAUUUAGAGCUCCCUUGUGCCCCAAGUGUGAAGGGCCUCUGAAGCCAGACAUUGUUUUCUUUGGAGAUAAUGUCCCAAAGCAAAGAGUGGAAGAAGUGAGGAAUCAGGUUUCUAGCAGUGAUGCUGUAUUUGUUGUUGGUUCAACCUUGACAGUCUAUUCAAGUUAUAGGAUAAUUCUACAGGCUAAAGAAGCUAAAAAAGAAGUGGCUUUAUUAAAUAUAGGCCCUACUAGAGCGGACAAUAUUGUAGACAUCAAAGUAUCCACCAAGUGUGGAGAUAUAUUACCUCAUUUAUGUACAAUAUAAGUAAAGGUGAUUUUAGAUAGCUAAUUUAUUCAUUAUCAUUAGUGUGUUAUCGCUGGCUACCUCAUUGUGUUCAUACAUGUUUUAAAUAUAGUUUAAAAUAAAACCCAUUAUUGGCAUUUCAUUUUUAAUAUUCAUAAAAAUAAGAGGUAAGAAUAAGAAUACAGAACUGAUUUAAACAAGUGGGUUGUCCAGGGAACUGAAAAUAUAUUUGUUCAGUCAAUACUACAAAUCAGCAUCAAAUACAUUUAUCUGUCUGUUUAUUUGUCUAAGUAUGAUAAUUAAACCAAUCCAAAUAACAGUACAUGAUGCUAACUUCCAUUCAUAACUUAAACAUUGAGCAGGAAUAAAUAAGAUAAUACCUAAAUCAUUUCCUAAUAGGCCUGUCAUUUUCAUCUUUAGGAACCACAAUAA